CAGAUGGAGAGUGGGGGUUGGUUAAAAGAGAUAUAUAGGUGAUAGAAUGGAUAGGAUUUGGUGGUUGGUUGGAUUUAGAAAGAGAAGAAAGAGGAGUCAAAAAUAGCUCCUUAGUUUCUGGCUUGAGAAAAUGGGUGGAGGGUAGCACCAUUUAUUGAGGCAGGAAACAUAGGAGCAGGUUUGAGAGGGAACAGGCUUUCAGUUUAAGGUGCCUACAAGAUAUUUUAAGAGGCUUUUAGAUAUAGGAGGUGUUGAAUCCAGGAAAAAAGUUUGAAUGUGAGAAUCAUAAAGGACAGAAGUCUAAGUCAUAUAUGAGGAAUUUUAACUAGGUCAAACACAAACAAAAAUUGAUUGAACCAAUGUAUGUCACUGCCUAUGAUGAGCAAGGCUGUGGGAGACAAGAUUUUUAUUUUUAAUUAAAAAAAAUUUUUGGCUGUGCCACUGCAUGAAAGAGGCAAGAUUUUUAGAUAAGCAGCACCUGUCCUCACAGAGAGUAUAGUGUAGUCAUGGAGGUAGAUGUCUAUUCAGUUAACUGCAGUGCAAGGCACAGUGUGAUAAACACUAGAGGAGAGCUGCAAGCAAGUAUUGGGGGACCUCAGAAAAGAAAGUGGUUUGGCAGUGGCUUUGUGGAGGAGUGAGCUUUGAGCUGGACCUUGAAGGGAGAAGGAGAUGUGGUAGAAAGGAGUUUUGGGCUUAUGGAAUAACAAAGGUAGAGAAACCUGAAGGUACAUAUUACAUGUUCAGAAAUCUGUGGGAGGUUGGUGUGGCUGGAUCUUAAGAUUCUUGGGAUACUGUAGUUGCAGAUGAAACUGGGAAAAUUUGGGGGCCAAAUGAGGGAGAUUUUGAGUGCCAUGUUAAAUGUGUGUAUUAUAGGCAAACAAUUGCUGUGGCAGAGCUGAAAUGUGGAUUCGGUCAUCUGAGUACUAGUUACAUGUUCACACUUGCAUCCAUUGUCUGUCUAAACACAGUUCAGCACAGUCCUAAUCAUCUUCAAGUACUCACAUAUCUAAGUAAAUGGAGUGUUCUUAUCCAUAUUCUCUUAAGUGACUCUUUUCAGCUGUGAAGACUAACAGCUGCAGAAUAACUUGGGGCCCUCUGAGUUUUCAUUAAGAUUGAGAUAAUGCUUUGAGUUACUUUAGAGUCAAGGAGUUUGUGGUACUGGACAGUGGUUUCCCUAACAGCUCCGCAGGGGAGAUGUCAGGCAAGGCCCUAUCUCCAUUCAAUAUGAGGCAAAGAGGUAUUAAGACGUUCCUGGAGGUCAUACAGUUGGAUUCAGCAUCUAUUAAAAAACCACACGAUGCGAACCAUCUUUCUUUUUCCCAUACAACUUAGUUUAGUUAGCAGAUACUUAUUAGUAUCUGCUUAUUAGUAUCUACUCACAAAGGACAGAGCACUUGAUGAGGUAUAAAGGCUGGUUGCAAAGAAAACAGAUGAUUCUUACUUCCUAGGAGCUUAGUUUGGGAUGGAACUAGUGGUGUGCUGUAAACCAGCUCUCUAGAAGAAAAAAUACCCUGAUUUGUAAUGUUUGUCAAUUUCUGUGGUGUAUAUUCUCCCAGCAACUGAUUUCAAGCUACCAACUUGAUGUCACUAAACUUGGAGUUGGGAAGAGAUGUGCACAGUUGGUUCUCAGGAGCUGGUAGAGCUGGCUCCAGCACACCACGGGGUGAAUCACACAUACUAAGAAAAACUAUAAUAACAAGUGAGUACUAAGGCAUUUCUGGAAAGAUCAGAGCCUAUGUCAGCCCCUUCUCACAGUUCCCAUCUUUUUCAGAGGACCAUGAUCUGCAGGAUGCCCUGGGAAUUAAUAGUUAUUAUCUUGGUGUUCCUUUCCUAUGGUUGCCAUCUUUUCAAACCAGACAAAGUUACUGGUGCUUCUUGUUUCUGACAGCAGCUCCAGCUAUCUGACUUCAUGUGAAAGAUGGCUAAUGCGGAAGUGAGUGUCCCAGUGGGGGAUGUGGUUGUGGUACCCACUGAAGGAAAUGAAGGGGAGAACGCUGAAGAUACCAAAACCCAAGUGAUCUUGCAGUUACAGCCUGUGCAACAAGGUUUGUUUAUCGAUGGACACUUUUACAACAGGAUUUAUGAAGCCGGAUCCGAGAACAACACGGCAGUUGUGGCAGUAGAAACUCACACGAUACACAAAAUUGAAGAAGGGAUUGAUGCAAGCACUAUAGAAGCAAAUGAGGAUAUGGAAAUUGCUUACCCCAUAACUUGUGGGGAGAGCAAAGCCAUUCUCCUUUGGAAGAAGUUUGUAUGCCCAGGAAUAAAUGUAAAGUGUGUCAAGUUUAAUGAUCAGUUGAUCAGCCCCAAGCAUUUUGUUCAUCUGGCUGGCAAGUCCACCCUGAAGGACUGGAAGAGAGCUAUUCGUCUGGGUGGAAUCAUGCUCAGGAAAAUGAUGGACUCCGGACAGAUUGAUUUUUACCAACAUGACAAGGUUUGCUCCAAUACCUGCAGAAGCACCAAAUUUGAUCUUCUGAUCAGCAGUGCAAGAGCUCCAGUGCCAGGACAGCAGACAAGUGUGGUGCAGACACCCACUUCGGCCGAUGGUAGCAUCACACAGAUUGCCAUCUCAGAAGAGAGCAUGGAAGAGGCAGGGCUGGAAUGGAACUCGGCUCUCACUGCUGCUGUCAGCAUGGCCACAGAGGAGGGCAUGAAGAAAGACUCAGAGGAAAUUUCAGAGGACACUUUGAUGUUCUGGAAAGGAAUAGCUGAUGUAGGACUGAUGGAAGAGGUUGUCUGCAAUAUACAGAAGGAAAUAGAGGAGCUACUCAGGGGAGUUCAGCAGCGGCUUAUCCAGGCUCCCUUCCAGGUCACAGAUGCUGCUGUUCUCAACAAUGUAGCACAUACAUUUGGCCUAAUGGACACAGUCAAGAAGGUUUUAGACAACAGAAGGAACCAAGUAGAGCAGGGAGAAGAGCAGUUUCUCUAUACUCUGACAGACUUGGAACGCCAGUUGGAAGAGCAGAAGAAGCAAGCUCAGGAUCACAGGCUGAAAUCCCAGACGGUUCAAAAUGUGGUAUUGAUGCCUGUGAGCACUCCUAAGCCUCCCAAAAGGCCCCGGCUCCAGCGGCCAGCCUCUACCACCGUCCUGAGCCCUUCUCCUCCUGUCCAGCAGCCUCAGUUCACAGUCAUCUCACCCAUCACCAUCACCCCCGUGGGUCAGUCAUUUUCCAUGGGCAAUAUUCCAGUGGCCACCCUCAGCCAGGGCUCCAGUCCUGUGACUGUCCACGCACUUCCUUCUGGCCCUCAGCUCUUCCGUUAUGCCACAGUGGUCUCAUCUGCUAAGAGCAGCUCACCAGACACAGUGACCAUCCACCCUUCAUCUAGCCUGGCGCUGCUAAGCUCCACCGCCAUGCAGGAUGGGAGUACCCUGGGCAACAUGACCACCAUGGUGAGCCCUGUGGAGUUGGUGGCCAUGGAGUCUGGCCUGACCUCAGCCAUCCAGGCUGUUGAAAGCACCUCAGAGGAUGGGCAGACCAUCAUUGAGAUUGACCCAGCCCCAGACCCAGAGGCUGAGGAUACUGAGGGCAAAGCAGUCAUUUUGGAGACAGAACUGAGGACUGAGGAGAAAGUCGUGGCUGAGAUGGAAGAACACCAGCAUCAAGUUCACAAUGUGGAGAUUGUGGUCUUAGAGGAUUAACUGGGGGUCUCGGGGCCAGGAGAUAUGUUUUGGUUUGGAAUUUUAAUUAUUUGUUUAUUUUUAUCAUUGUCCCACUCAUUUCCACAUAGGAUCCUUUUUUUUAAAAAACAAAACCUUGUUGUUGUAACUGAACAGGUUGGGUCCCUUCCACCCCCUCAUUGAAAAAUGGACAAAACAAGCUGCCCUUCCGAAAGUUGAGAGUAGGUCACUCAAUGUCCUAAUCCUCUUACACCAAGAAAGUGAUUUCUUUUGGGGGAGGCAUCAAGAUAACCAGAAACCCUAUCCAGAAAGCCCUUUCCAGGCUAGUCUGUCUGUGUAUGCAUGUGGUUUUAUUCUCAUAAAGGUGCAUUGACCAAACCAGGGAACACAAAUCUGGCCCUGGAAGGCAAUCCACUCACACGUGGAUGCAGAAGGAUACUUUACUCUGUAUCCUGGAAGGGGCCCUCAGAGGCCAAUGCAAAAGUCUGAAACAAAAGUAAGUUGCACUCUGCUUGGAGGGGAAGGUGGCAUACCAGCAGCGGCUUAAAAAGGGAAGUGCUUUGGCCAGGAUGGGGCAAGGAAAUUAUCUUACUUCCAGAAGUGCAACUGAUGCCUCUUAAUAUCUCUGAGGGUUACUACCAUGGCUGCCAUUUUGAGGCAAGGCCAGUGUUAAGAAGAAGGGUACAUUUCCACCGAGCAAGUGGCGUCAGAGGCCUGUGGCUUGGCAGAAAUAGAAAUCCAGAGACGUCACAGCUGUGCUUUGGGGUUCAGGUUCACCUUGCCCCCCACUUUGUCAAAACACUUACCCUCCUAGUCCAUUCAUUUGCAAACUGUGUGAUGUGGUGUAAAUUGCUCUGGUUCUUGGACUGUGGCUGUUCUCGGGGUGGGGCUCCAAGGCCAUCAUUUUUAUUGCAUGACUCCAGGAGCAGGAGAGUUUCUCUUCCAGACCAGCUGCCCUUUUUUUGUGGGGUCCUUUUUUGGCUUUGGAACCAAAAGCAGCCAUUCAUUUGGUGCUUCCUCUGUUCUACCCUCUGUUCCUCAGUGGUUAAUGGCAUCUCUCCUGGAUCCCACGCUCUUCAGAUUUUUGGCUGAUUCAGAGAACAGUGACAGGUGCCUGCCUGCCUUCAUCCCCUUUUAGAUUCAUAUAUACCAUUUAUACCACAGAUGUUUCUGUGAGAUAUUGAGCUCAUAAAAAAACCUUAGGUUUGGCAACACCCCACCCUAUCCCGAGGCACCGACUAGAUGUCUCCUCCUGAGCGAGCUGGACUCCCUGGGAAAGAAGCAUUGUCUGCAACAUUAUAUUAUAGGAAAUGUACCAGGAAUGUAAUAAUAAUAUCUUUUGGGGGGCUAUUUUGUUUUCUUCUUUUUUUUUUAAUGUUUUUGUAUAUUUAGAGAUGGGCCCGUUUUCCAUGCUGUGAUUCCUUCUCUUUGACCAUCUUCAGUGUCUGGGGCAAGAGUGGAGUCUGUUUUUUGUUUCUUUGAUUGCGUUGUUUACUGCACUAGGAAAAAUAUAGGGAAACUGCAGACAAUUUAAAAGAAAAAUAGGUCAAAAAAGAAAGCAUACACUUUAGGAGUGGGAGAGUUUUUUUUUUUUAAUUAAAUACAAAACUUUAACCUGUAGUUUCCUUUUUUUUUUUGAAGGCACCCACCUGAAGCUAUGUUUCUUCCAACACAUGUUGGAAACCCUGUUGUUAAGCAAGUGAAAACUGCAUCCUGCCAUCCCUCAGAUAGCUGUGUAUAGCUGGAGAAGCCCUCUAACUUGAAAGGGUCAAUCUUAAAAGCCUUAUGGGUGAGAUUUCUGAACCCCAUACUGUUGUGGUUUUCAGCUUUAAAAUUGGGGUUUUAUUUUUCUUUUCAAAAUAUCUAAUAGACAUAGCAAUCAGUUUAGAACAAACCUUUGGCCCUUUAUAUAUCUUUAGUGAAGGAAGUGGCUUUUAUUUCUUGCUUCUUUAGGUUGUCUGUUGGUACAUAAACAAAAACAAAAUUUCUGCCUAAGCCUAAAACUACUACUUGAACCUAGAAAGGCACAAGUCAUCUCUAUUGCGGUUUUUAGGGACACUUUUAUCUUUCCCAGAGACAAGAGGCUCAAAUCAGGACAGAGGAGGAGCCCUGGAGAACACCUACCCACUAGCUCAGGUUCCUUUCUUUCCUCCAUCAGAGCUGUUGGUAGUUUUAAAGUAGUGUGAGCGUCAUGCCCCCAAAGUCAAGAGAUCACCUCCUAAAGACAGAGCCUGUUUACUUUCACUACCUGGAUAUUCCAGCUGGUGGAAAUCCAUGAGCUUUGUUGUUUUCCUGGUCUUCCAGUAGCCUGUCAUUAUUGCUAGAUGCUAUGCACCCAUUCUUGAGUGUGGGUUUCCUCACAACCCUGGUCUACAUCUCAGACAGGGUGAGGCACAUGCAAGACACUGGUAUAUACACAAGCAGUUACAAUGAAUCAUUCCUCAGGCUGAGUUGGCAGUAGCCAUCUAAUCUUUCUGUUCAUUCAUUAAAUAAACAUUUGUAAGUACCAUCUAUGUGCCAGGCUUUGUGCUAGGCACUGGCAGUACAGAGAUGAAGGCUCAGUCCAUGCACUCAAGGGAUUCAUUCUCCAGAGGUUGUCUGGAGUUAAGAACUACAUUUCAAUAUAAUAAUUGGUUUCCUUUGUAAUGCUAUGUAUUUUAUUUCAUGCGUUGAUGAACAUUGUUCCGAGAGUUGGUCCGUAGGUUUCAGAAGGCUACCAAAGUUACAAAAUGGUUAAGCCUUUCUCUAGUGAGAUACUGAAAUCAUCAUAUUGGGGUAAGUGCAGUGGUAGAGCUAUUGGCUGGGAGAAGAGAGAACAAGGGGUCAAGCAUCUAACCCAGCUUGGAGGCAGGGGUCAGCAAAUAUUGGAGUACUUCCUGGAGAAGAUGUAUACCUAACCUGAUUUAGGAGAGACCAUUUUUGGCUACUUGUUUUGCAUUCCAUUUUCAAGUAGUUGCACUUAUUUAUACAAGAGGGGAAAAAAAUCCUAAGUCUCUUGUUGCUUCUGUCUCCAGAGCUAGGCAGAGUCAGCAGCUCAGGCAGUCUCUUCUGAGAGCAACGCACUGGUGAAAGCCCAGUCAUGUGUCAGUUUCUCUGAGCUUCCAUCAGAUGAAUCCAGGGCAGGUAAAUGCCCCAAACCUUCCUGUCAUCUGGUUUCCACAAAGGCCUCAGAGUCAACUCUUGCCUUGGCCAUGUCCCUGUCUGACCCCCGCUUUCCUGUUCUCUUCCCCUUUUCAAUUUCCAGGUUCCAUCCCUGCCCCCCUCCCCAAAUUAAAACAAAACAAAAACUCCCUGGCGUUCUGAAGUAAAAAAGGGACAAUAGAUUUGAAUAUUUAAGAUUUAAAGCUACUUCAUAUGAAGUUUCUUUCAUGCUUCUGUCCAUAUUUGGGAAGGAGGACCGGAGUUAAUCCAAAUACCUUGGAAAUUAAUAUUCAGUUUAGGUGGUCUGAGACACCCUUUAGUGGUGGCAUUUUAAUCCAUUUCAUGAAAGCAUUAAAGGUAAGUCUGUAUGGUGGGAAGUACUGGUAACACUUGAUGAUAAAGAUAGUAAAAUCAAGCAUGAAAUAUGGAACUACUAGUUCAUUGAGUUAUAAUUGGUCCACCACUAUCAAGGCGGUAACAAGGACAAAGAAAAGGUUGAAUUCUCAAAAUACGCACGAGUUUGUGAUUCACUUUGGGUAAUACUCCUGAGGAAAUAGUCCUCUCUGAGACAAAAAUUCAGAUUCUAGGCUAGCCCCUGCAUUUUCAGUCAACUUAACCUAGUACAAUUGAUCACAGAUCCCUCACACCUUGGAUGCCUCCUCCCUGGGAUAUUCUUGUGUAGUUUGUAAUGUACUACAAUGACAACCAAGGUGGUUGCCCUAAACAAGGGAUCAGUUCUGCUAGAUUGGAACUCUCUGCCCCUGGAAUUUCUCUUCUUAGCCUUUAUUCAGUCAUUUCUAGGUUUCCUUCCCAAUCCUGGAACACCUUUCUUAGUCCUGAGCUAUGCAAUUUCACUUCCCCUAGAAGGUUCUACUUUCCUUGAACAUCCUUAUCGUACUCCUGCCUCUCUAGCCCUUGCUUUGGGGAACCAAAUGUGACUUAGUUCCCAAAUUCUGCCAUGUUAGUAACUGCCUUUCUGCUAUGUCAGUAACUCAACUCUUGAGACAAUCACUUCUUCCCAAGAAACCCCCAAGACCCAAACCUCAGCAUACAUCCAUAGACUGCAGUCUUCACUGCCUAGAACAGCCUUCUUCAUCCAUCACCUGAAUUGAAGCACCUUUGAGAUGUGCUUGUAAGUUCCCCAGAACACACAGAUUGUAAAACCUAUCUUUUACACCUGAUUGAUUCUCUACCUAUGGUCCAUGGCCCAGGCUAAGACAUGCCUGUUUCCUGGAUAAAUUAUUUCAGCCCAGUAUGAUUCCUACUACCUCUUCUGUUAUGUCUUAUGAGCCUCCCAACCUGAAGACUCCUGGUGCUCUCUCAACCUAAAGUAGGCCACAUCCUACUUUGAAAUUGCCUCUGGGUUCUCCUCCUGUAUCUAUAGUUUCCAAUUCUGUACCUUUACUAGUAUUGGGCUUAUAAUAUGGUAUAUAUGGGUUGAUUUCUCUAGUUUGAGAACAAGAGCGGACAUUAGUAUUGGAUCACAUAUAAAGGAAAAUGUGAGGCUGGGUAAUGACCCAGAAGGAAAGAUGGGUUCCUCAUUGGGCUUUGUAGGAGCUUCUGUAAGAGGGGGUGUGGGGGAUGUUACCUGCAUUUCAAAGUAUAAGUUUUUUUUAAAUUAAUUAAUUAAUUUAGGCUGUGCUGGGUCUUUGAUGCGGCACAUGGGCUUCUCUAGUUGUGGUACGUGGGAUCUUAGUUCCCCGACCAGGGGUCGAACCCGGGCCCCCUGCAUUGGGAGCACGUAGUCUUAACCACUGGACCACCAGGGAAGUCCCCUCAAAGUAUAAGUUUUAAAAAAAAAAAAACUUCUCUGCUGUUUUCUCUAAAGAAAUCUACGUAUUGUAGAGCAAAUUGGAAGCCCACAGCUCUGAUUCAGCCUUAAGAUUUACUUUGGCCCACAUUUUAGUUUUAUUUUAACUUUUUAUUGAAGUAUAAAUGCAUACAGGAAAGUGCACAAAUCACUGUACAAUUUGAUAAACUGAACAUACCCAUGAAAUCAGCUUUCAGAUCAAGGGGAAAAAAAAAAAGUCACCAGCACCUCACCCAGACAGGGUAACCUCUAUCUAGCUCUCUAACAUCAUAUCUUAGUUUUACCUAUUUUGAACUCUUUAGGGACUGGCUUUUUUCCUCUCAACAUUAUGUUGUAAGAUUCACCCAUAAUGUUGUGUGAAGUGUAGUUGAUUGCGUCCCAUUGCUGUGUAGAGACUGUUAUUAUUUAC